GAGAGAGAGAGAGAGAGAGAGAGGAGAAGGAGGGAGUAAGAAAUCGAGAGAGGCUGAGUGGGAGGCAUCUGUCUCUCUGGUAGUAUUGCCAAAGCAACGGAGAGAAGAGGAGAGAGGAGGUGGUGCAUGGUCUGUGAACGUCUUGUAGCUGCAGCCAAGAGAUGUUCUGCUACUGUUGACUCUGGACUCAAGAGAGGGAUGGAUGCUCACACACAUGAACGACAGGAUAAUUGAACUGCUGCUGCAACCAGGACUUGAACUGAACCUACAGCACUGUAGUGGGUCCUCACCGAGACACAGAGCAAGAUCAAAGCAGGAUGUGGUAUUGCGCGCAUGCUUUUACGAGUGUUAGUUUGCGGGUAUAACAGGUGCUCUCAGGUGAGCGGGGUUAACUUGAAACCAACCUGUAAACCGACUCCGUGACACCAGUGUGUGCCUAUGUGUGUGUGUGUUUGUGUGACAGAGUUAGUUGUUGUGUAAGAGUGUGUACAUAUGUGUAUGUUUAGCUGCAAAUGACUAGGUGCAUAUACUGUAUGGUCUGUACGUGUUUGUGACACUGGUGUCAGAGCCCACACACACGCACAGACACACGUCAGGAGGAAGUGACACGUCUGUGCUUGCUCUCGAAUUUCCUGGUCCCCUCUCCGGUGGCAGGCAAAGCGCCGAAUCUGAGCCGAGUUCACCUGUCUCACCCUCACAGGUGGGACCUCAGCUCCCUGGAUGCAUCAGCAGAGGAGCACUGACGUUUCCUGGAUGAGUAAAGGACAGUUAGAUGCUUGUAGACUCUGAUUGUGGCUGAGUGUCACAUCAGCCCUGCCUUUCGAGAUAAACCAGCACUUCCUCAAGCCGCCAACGUGCUGCUGUGGUGCUGUUCUUGUGUCGGUGCCCAUCUCUGGACCUCUCCAUGACUGUCAAUACAGUGCUGACCUCCCCCAUGACCAGCAGUAACAGUAUGAGCAGCGGGUACUGCAGCCUGGACGAUGAGUGCGAAGACUUCAGUUUCUUCACAGCCAAGACCUCGUUCUUCUUCAAGCCCAGGCCUGCGCCGAAGCAGAAUGAGACGAAAGAGGAGGAGGCGAGAGGGACAAAAGACCUGUCAGAGGAAGAGGUGCGGACCAGGAUAAAAGCGUAUAACGCUCAAGUCACUGAAAAUGGCAUGAAACUGGCUUCGGACGGAUCCUACACAGGUUUCAUUAAGGUCCACCUGAGGCUCAGUCGGCCAGUCACAGUCCCCGCUGUGGAUUUGUCGGGCUCAGAGGGCGGUCACAAUCGAGCACCGUCAGAGGAUCAGGAGGGGACGGACUGCGAGCAGAGUGAAAAUAGAACAUCCUUCUACAUACCACGCGAAUGUGUGAAGCAACUCCACAUCAGCUCUCUGACCACCACCAGAGAGGUCAUCCAGGGCUUGCUGACGAAGUUCAUGGUGUUGGACAAUCCCCGCAAGUUUGCGUUGUACAGGCAGACACACCGCGACGGGCAGGAUCUGUUCCAGAAGCUUCCUCUGCCUGAGCGUCCUCUUCUUCUGAGGUUAAUUGCCGGGCCUGACCCACAACAACUCAGCUUUGUCCUCAAGGAAAACGAGACUGGAGAGGUGGAGUGGCAUGCAUUCUCUGUCCCUGAGCUACAAAACUUCCUGGUAAUCCUGGAGAAAGAGGAGGCGGAGCGCGUGCGGGCAGUGGAGCAAAAAUAUGCUAUGUACCGACAGAAACUACAGCAGGCCCUACAACAACAUGACCCCUGACCCCUCACCUGUUACCUUAUGACCUCAACCCAGGGAGAGACUGACCCUCCGAACACUGACCCCUCCAGACCCCAUGAUCUAUUCAGAGACUGGAGCCGGAGCUGAACUUGUCUCCACCCUCCACAUAUACACACAAACACACUGUACAUCCACACACAGAUGCAUACCCUUUCUCAGGACACAAACAAGACCCCACUCCCACCCCAACCCCACCCCACCAUCCAUACGUCCACUCCCUGAGGAGAGAAUCAGGGGUUGAAAGCGGCGUGAAAGGCUACAGGGUGUGUGGUCCGCUGGCUGAUUGGACAAGUAGCGUUUUCAUUGCCAAGGACACACACAGAAAGAUCUGAAACUCCAACUUGAGAUCUCAUUUGGGACUGAUGUGAAUCAAUGGUGUUUUUAAAGAUUCCGUCUUCUUCUGCUACUGCUGCUGCUGCUACUGCAAGUGUUACUUAUGCAUGAGUCUCUUUCAGCUCAUCCCCCUGCACAUAGAGUUAGAAUAGAAACAGAAGGCAUGAUUACUUUUUUCUGCAUCUCUUUGGGAUGGAAGGACAAUCAUACUGUGUGUUUCUUUUUCUUUUUUUUCCCCCUUGGACUUGAUGUAUAGGGUUAUCACCAGAUGUUUUAUUUUUGUUGCUGGAAUAUAACGCGUGUGAAUUAGUGAGAGAGGGGUCUAGGGACAGGGCCGAAGCACUGGCUAUCGGUGCAUCUCCUGAAGCAAGGGCAGGAAGCAGAAGGCUGGGUUUGUUUUAAGUGCUUAGAACAAGAAGGAGUGGAAGGACAAGAAAGCAAGAAAGUGAGAUCCAUUCUCUGAUUUUUCUCAGGGAGCAUGUGAUGAGCAAAGAAAGAACUUAAAGGAGGAAAGAAAACCCUCUUCCACCUUUCCCACCCUAUUUUAGAACACUUUUAUCUGUUCUUAUUUGCCCAUUUAAAUGCCAAAUGAUAGACUUGUGUGAUGAUGCUGUCAGGCAACUCACUCGACAGAGAGAGCUUCAAUCCGACCCAGUUACCACCUCUCUCCUUGCUCCUCCAAACAAACACACAAUCCUAACCUCUUCUCAGAUGAUAACUGUGAUUUCAUUCCCAUUUUCCCACCUUAAAUCGCAAUCUAACCAACUGUGCAUGAACUCUACAUGCAAAUAAAGCCUAUUGAGGGAAGCAAUUCACAUACCUUUUACAGAUUUUUUUCACUUUACACACACUGCUAUGGUAUAUGGGUUGCAUUUGAAUGUGAGAGGGCUUUCUUUUUGUUUUGUUUUUUACACCAAAGCUUUAAGAGGGACAGAUCUGUUUUUAGACUAUUUUAAAGGGAAAAGAGACAUUUGGAAGUUUAAAUUGAAGGUGGUGUAUGUAAAAAUUAAACCAGCUUCUGUUUUGCACAUAUUGAUGCAGGUCACACUGAAUGGCCCACAACUCUGGGGCUGGGCAUGCAUUUCUGUUUUUGUUUUCUUUUAUCUCCCCACCUUCCACCCAAAAAAAGAAGAAACAGAAAAUAUAUAAAAUUCAUGAUAAUCGCUAUGAUGUACCAAUGAUGUGUUUGCAAUGCAUAUGUAUUAUGUAGACACUGGAAAAAGAGUGACAAGGUUUAACUUUGUUGUUAUUACAAAUAUUAAUAUUCUUUUGGUAUCAUUCCUACUGGUUGGUGUGUGUGUGUGUGUGUGUGUGUGUGUGUGUGUGU